AUGGGUGCUCGCAAGAGGUCGGCAGCUGCCGCUGCGGCGCAGGAGCAUGAAGAUGAUGGCAUGGGCUCAGGUGGCGAGCAGGUGGCCGCCCAGCCGCGACGGAGAGCGAAGCUUGACACAUCCGACAAGGUCAGUUGCGGCUCGUGCGGGGCGAAGCGCUGCGACCCGAACGUGCAGUGGCCCGAGGCCCCGAAUGAUGCUGGUGAGGUUAGGCGAGUUGGGUCUGGGUGCACGUCGUGUUGGGACCCAUUCCAGAGAGCCUUCAGCAAUGAGACUACAUGGACCAAGCAUUGCGCCAAGCAGAAGGGCGACGCCAAGUACAAGAAGCGGGUCGAGAGCGCGAAGGAAAUUUCGAAGGAUCCAGAGAAGGCCAGUUUCGAGCAGGAGGAGGUCAACAUCGUCGUCGAGCAGGGCUACACUACGAUCGGGAACUAUGUGUGCAUCAAGCCCGAGCAGCUAGAACAACAGGCUGGCGGCGGUGUCACCGUGGGGGAGGCCGACAUCCUGACCCAGAGGAUCUUGGCGCCGCUGACGAAGCAGAAGCUGAGGACCAUCUGCGUCGCGCACCCCGAGAGGCCACCCGUGGAGGUGCAGACUUUCACGACGGUGAAGUGCCAGAAGGUCGCGUGCACGCUGCCGCGGAGGGCAGCGCUCACAGACGCGCAAGCCCAAGUGGAGAUGAAGAAAGCGCUGGCCGAGGUCACCAAGCUGUUGCCCGUCCCGCUCCGCGGCCACGUCAAGCCGCCCGGCGUCGAGUCGUUGGUGGUGCCGCCCGCUGUCGGUGCCACGGGGGCGCUGGGCGACGGGGCCGCUGGCGGUGCGGUGGCGGCCUGCGGGUCUGACGUCGCGGACAGCCACGCCGACGGGGACAGCAGCGACGAGCAGGGCGCGGCCGCGGAGGUGGCCUCGAAAGCGGGGCCAGCCGCCAGCGCUGCCCCAACUGCCACUCCCAGCCGCGCGCCAUGCCAGCGCGCCCCGCGGAGAGGUGCAUCGCGGGGUGUCCCGUCAGGCCACGGCGGUGCAGCCAGUGCCGUAAGCGUGGGUCGCCGAGGCGGUGGUCAGUUAGUUGUCUCCCCCGCGGCCCAUGCCGAUAAGUUGCGCCUGGGCGAGCUCAUCCACGACAACCGGGUCUCGCAGAUACUGGAUGGUUACAAGAUGGGCGACCGCGUCUGCGCCCUGCGCCGCUUCACCCCCCAGGGUCGCGGAGUCGAGAUCAACAGGGUCAAGCACUUAGCCAACGUUGACGCGGCGAUCGCUCUCCAGAAGGGCAUUGCCACGAUGACUGCCAAACAGAGGGCGGAGCAGAUCGAGAUCAUUGGAAAUGACGACGUGCUGGACUCCAGCAGCUUUUUGGACCAACUGAUCUGCGAAAUCGUGGGGGAGGCUGACUCUGGCGACGAUGUUGUCAGGGCGAUCUUGCCGUGGGCGCCUGCGGAUACCGACUCCGCAACCACCUUCCAGCUCAAGCGCCCAAUGAUCAGCUUCCUGCGCAUGAGCAACCUUGGUAAGGUCGUUGCGUGCAGGGAGACCUUCCCCAACGCGUUCCUGGCAGAGGUGGCUGCCAAAGGUGAGGCGUCGGUCAAUCUCGUGAGGGAGGUCGCGGAAGAGUUGCGGACGGAGAGCGGCAUUGUCUUAGACGAGAAAGAAAAGCACAUCGAGUGGGUCAGUGUCGCUACGGCGCUGCAUGUUGCUGCUGAGGCCCUGCUGGUGAUAUCGGACACACGCCCCAACGCAGUUGAUCAGGUGACUGAUAGAGCCAACGUCAGGAAGAUGUUGAACGGCACGUUCAGCAAGGAUUGGUCACUUUUCCGCGACAGCUUGAUGUCCAAUUCCCACUGGGCUCGCUUGACCACCGAAUACCUUGACCACGCCCUCAGCGACCUCCAGGUAGGGCCCGGCAUAGUCGCAGCUCUGGCCGUGGUGAGCGUCGGGAGCGACCUUGCAGCAAUGGUCAGUGCAUCAAGCCGCCUUAAGGGGUGGAUCGAUCGGAGCCGCACUGGCGCUAUAGCCGACCUGGAGAAGGCCUUCGCCCAGUGGGUUGUCAAUGCCACGUCUGCCGACGCAGCGCCCACGUUCACGUACGAGAGUGUCGGGCAGAUCCGCGAGGUCAUGUCCAACCUGAUUUCGGCCGCCAAGGUGAAGAAAUCGAGCGGCGUCCUGCAGGUGGCUGCAUUGACGGCAGCCGAGGAGUCCAUGGAGCUGGCCCAAACGAAGGUCGGCGUCGAGAAGAAGCGCGACUCGCUCCUGGACCGCAUGGGGGGUUGCAGCACCACGGAGGAGGAAGGUGACGUCGAGAUUCGCGGCAUGUUCGAGCUGAAGACGGCGCUGAGCGACUUGAAUGGAGAGGCCCUCGACGCUGAGGACGCCGCCAAGAUCUCGCAGCAAGUCGAGACAGCGAUGCUCUGCGCCAGCGUCGUGCACUCCGACUCCCGCACCGCAAUGCUGAACACCACGUCGAAGCUCCUUGCCCGCUACAAGCUGUGCUGCAACGUGGCCGCGAAUAUGCUCUCCCUGACGGACAUUGGCGACGUCGGCCAGCAGGUGGCGUCUGGGGAGCGGGGCCGCGAGCGAUGGUCUGUCUUGAGCGCGAGCCUGAAGCAACUGGACACGCCACCGCCAGAUUGCGAAGAGAUCGGGCUCGUCGAUGGCGUGCCAACGGUCGCUGAGAUCAACGACUUGUGCGCUCGCCAGGUGCAGGGCGCUCGGGGUGCGAUCUCGGCGUUUGUCGACGAGAUCGGUGGCGCCAUCGAGACCGACGUCAAGAAGAUCCAGGAGUUGAUCGCGCGGCUGCGCGGCGGCAUGGACGACGGCACGAGCUGGAAGGACGGUCUGACCGACGGCGACAGCUACGACGAGGUGCACACCCACGCGAAGGCCACCCUCUUCAAGGGCAAGAACGGCAAGCUGCUGAACAAGGCGCUGGGCGACUACAAGUGUGCGACCGACGAGGCUCGCAAGCAUGGCCGGAAGUUCAACGUCAUGGACCGCGUGAACGACCUGACGGAGCCCUUCAAAGCGACGGUCGCGGAGGCAAGCACCACGAUCAGCGAGGCGGCGCUGAUGCAGCUGAUGCGCAAGAAGCCAGAUGAGCGCCGCGACGCCGUCGCUCGGGAGUUGGGCGCGGUCGCCGACCGCGGAGUGUCCGCCGCCAAGCUGCUGGCCCAGAUCUACGAGAAGGCGGUGGGGACCAAGGGCACGGAGAGCCUCAUGGCGAACCUGCUGUGCCUCGCCCCGAGGCACUUCAUCGAGCUGCCUGACCGCCCGUGGAUCUCGCAUGUCCACGACGCGUACGGGACUGCCAACGCGUUUCUGUCGGCGGCGGCAAAGGCGUCGGGCAAGCAGUGGCGGUUUGCUGGCCCCCUCUGCGUGUCGGAGUGGUACGGCCGCCGCGAGGUCUGGAUGCUCGAGGACCCGGCGGAGCGGGGACGGGUAUGA